AUGGCGACAAUUUCAACCUAUUCCAAUAUUUCCUCGCAACGGACCGAUCUUGUGGAACCUCGUGGAACUAGCGAUUUGGCGUGGUCACUAUUUCCGUUCAAUUUCGUUGUUACGAAGUUCCGUCGUGCCGAAUUUCAUGAUGUGUCGACGUCGGCUCCAAAUAGAAUCUCAUGGGUCAUGAAGAAUUUCGACCUUGGAUUUAUUGGAGAUCUUAGCGGAGCAGUCAACAUCGUAGUCCCCUUCAACCUCACAGGUCAAGCCGAAGUGCAAGCUGAAGGGCUUAGUGUCCAGCUGGAUAGUGCAAUAGAACGAGCUGCAAAUGGCUCCGCUCACAUCAGUUCCAUUGCCUGCCAUUCGACUAUUCGUGCCGUGGACGUGACAAACCAUAACGGAGGACUGUUCGGAUUGGCUGUUACAGUAUUCAAGGUACUGAUAGAACGAGUGGCAAGUCACCUUGUGGCCCAUAGCUCCUAG